ACGAACUCCUGACUUCGGCACCCGCACAGCAUGAUGGGGGGGAUGGGGGGUAGUGCCGAUCCAUCCACACAUCAUUUGUGAUCCUGUCCUUUCGGCUGUCGUCGAUUGGCUAUGUGUGGUCGGCAAUGAUGUCGAGCAGAUUCGACUCCUCACUUCUCCUCAAUCUAGGUGAUCCUGUGCCGACGGGCCAUGAUCUGUAAGCCGUUGUAGCAAGAUCAUGUCGGGCAGUUGUUCAACGACUUUCAAUGUCGAACUACUCACUGUAAUCAUCACCAGCUCCUCGCCGACGGCUGUUUGAAGGAUAGAUCUAGGAAGAACUUACAGCCCAGGCACUCCAAUGGCGUGGUCGACGUUCUUCCUCUUCUGGACAGGUCUCACCGGGGUGGCCCUCCUGAUACUCCUCGGCGUCGUGGUUCACGAUGUGAUACUAUGGCGACGAAUGCCUCCAGGUCCAAGACCACUCCCUUUCGUCGGCAACAAAUUCGACAUCUCAACUAAACACCCCUGGAUCCAGUUCCAAGAAUGGUCCAAAACCUACGGGCCAAUCUACACAUUAUGGUUCGGCCGACGACCAACAAUCAUCAUCUCCGAUCCCACCGUGGCCGUCGAGCUGCUCGAAAAGCGGUCCAACAAGUACUCUUCACGUCCACGCUUCGUGGUCAUGGGCGAACUUCUCUGGGACGGAGCCGCCAUCCUCGUCAAGCCCUACGGCAAAGAAUGGCUGGUGAGGCGCAAAGCAUUACAUUCAGCCUUGACACCGCGAGUCCUGCUGAACUACCGCCCCGUCCAAGAAGCCGAGGCGACGCGUCUGUGCUACCACCUCCUACAAGACCCCCAACACUUUGAACCCCAUCUCGACCGCAUGACCGCUAGCAUAGUGUUUACCAUCGCGUACGGUCACCGCGUCGACAGCCUCCAGUCGCCUAUCAUCAGACAACGUCUCAAGAUGAUGCACCGCGCCGCCGCAACGAACGUGCCAGGCCGGUAUCUCGCCGAGUCAUUCCCCAUGCUCGCACGCAUCCCGGACGCACUCGCGCCAUGGAAGCGCGAAGUCAAAUCUUGGGGGUUGGAAGAAGCAGCCGCCAACGCCCAACUCCUUCAAUACGUCCGCGAGGACAUGGAGAACGCCAAACAUCCCGGCGCCGCACCCCUCCCCAACAGUCUUGCCAAACACCUUCUCGAAGCCCGCGACGCCGACCCAUCCAAUUUCGCACUCCUCCGCGACCGCGACUUCGCAACCUUACCAGCAAGCAUUUUCGGCGCCGGGGCCGACACCACAGCCAGCACACUCUGCUCUUCAAUCCUCGGCCUAAUCACGAACCAGGAUGUCGUUGAGGCCGCGCACGCCGAACUCGACGCCGUGAUCGGAACCGAUCGUCUCCCCAAUUAUACCGACGAGUCCUCUCUACCAUAUAUUCGGGCAUUGUGCAAGGAAGUCCUCCGCUGGCGCCCCGUCGCUGUCCUAGGCGGUACACCGCACGCGAGUAGCGAGCCCGACACAUAUAACGGAUACUAUAUCCCCUCUGGCACGAAUAUCCUAGGAAAUUCAUGGGCCAUCAACAGACAUGAGGACUACUAUCCUAACCCGGAUAACUUCAACCCUUUACGAUUUCUGGACGUUGACCCCCAGACGCUAUCAUAUCUACCUGCGAAGUAUGUCCAGGGUACGGUGCGGGAGAAAGGACGUUUACAACAUCCAAGUAAACUAGGCCACAGCAGCUUCGGAUGGGGUCGUCGAAUAUGUCCUGGCGCAGACCUCGCGAACGCGAACCUGUUCAUUGCAUUGGCGCGAAUGCUCUGGUGCUUCGACAUCAAACCGCUCAAAGGUGUGGUGUAUGACACGUACGAUUAUACGGAUGGAUUCAAUAUCCGGCCGAAUCCGUAUAAAUGCGAGAUUACGAUCCGAAGUCAACGUCACGAAGAGGUGCUGAGCGCGGAAUUUGAGGAUGCACAAGGUUUUCUGACAAAGAAUUUCCCCCUGUUCAAGGAGCAUGAGAUUGUCGUCUAGACUCCCAUCCGCUGAAAUAGUUGUAUUCAAAGCUACUUUGCACCUUGCAUACGCUUCAUUCUCU